GCUUCAAUUCUUGGAUCUUCUUUCAUCAUUCUUCAACUUACAGCCAGAAAUUACACAACAACUAUGGCAGUGAAAACGAAUGGUGCGACUGUUGAAAAUAACUUCAUCCACAAAGAGGAAUUGCUCCAGGAUGCCCUCCGCAGUUUGUUUUCGUCGAUCAUCUACCCCAAAGCAUCGGCGCCUACUCCGCUGCUGCAGCGGAUCAAGAUCUCUGUUUCGGAGAACUUGCCUCGCCUUGUCGAAGCCUCUAGAAACACCAGCCGUUCUGUUCUGCAGUGGACCCGCAGUGGCAGCCCCCUUCGUGCUCUUCUCGUCAUUUCUGUUGGAACCAUUACUUUUCUUACCUUGGCUGGAUUGCUUCUUUUUACGCUUUUCUUUCUAGCUGCUACUGUCAAUGCUAUCAUCAUCUCUUCCCUCAUCGCUUUGGCUGCUGCAGGAGUCUUCUUCGCUAUUUUUUUUGCUUGUGUAACAGUUAUUUACAUUGUGGCCUUGUCAGUUGCUGCUUUUGUUAUUUCUACUGCAACAAUUUCAGCAAUGAUAGCUGCUGUUGUCGUUACAGGCUGGAUUGGAUUCUUUUGGGCUGUAUGGUUGGGUACUAAGAAAAGCAUGGAGCUGGCAAAGCACUCGUUCAGCAUGACUGGAUCUGCUCUUUCAGCUUGGGAGCCGAACAAAGUUUCAGACUGAAACGCUUUGGUGAACGUAAGACCCCAACUCCACGCACUGAUUCAGUGUGUAUAUGUUGGCAGAUGACGUUGAUUAAUCAUAGAUGGGAAGCACGUGAAUGUGUUUUUAGUUUUGACAAUUUAGCAAUAAUAUAGUCGGCUUGCUACCGGCUUGCAAUGGUUAGGAUGUUUGAUUUUCCGGUUUACUUGUUUAACUUUAGUUGGCCUGUCUUGGGGUAAACAGAACUUUAGUUAGCCUGUCUUGGGGUAAACAGAACUUUGGUGUCAAAAGUAUCUGUCCGUGUUUGGAGUUCAUUCCUUUAGGGAUGAAUGGUGUUGUAUUGAUGUUCCUCUAGAAUUUAAAUGGACGGAUGAUUAGGUUUU